GCAAAGAUUAGAAACGGAGGCGGCGGUCGACGUGGACGAAAUGAAGAAACUCGGGGACGUCGUGGAUUAUGACCGGAUACAUAUUCAGAAACUAAUAAUCAACAGAACAGAAGAGAAAGUGAGAGAGAAGUUCAAAGAAGAAGAAAUAAGACUUUGACAAAGGAGAGAAAAGCUGAAGCGCUUUCUGGAAGCAGAAGAAGAACACUUCAUUCAGGAAUUGGCAACGAAACAGGCGAUGGAAGAAUGCGGGUAUUGUGCAGAGAAGAAGGAGAAAACUAAGAAUUAUAAAGAAGAUCUAGAGAAGAAGAAAAUAAAUGAGUGUUUGAAGGCUUUGGAAAGAGAAAAAAUAGCAAAAGGUAUGCAGAGCACAAGAGAGGACGAAAAGCGGCUUAGAGAAGUACAGAAACAACAGAUGAUGGAGAAAAAGUUGUUGGAACUGGAAGAAGAAGACCGGGAGUACAUGUGGCACCAGGUGUUGUUGGAUGAUGUUAGGAGGAAAGAAGAACAUGAAAGAAUAGAAGCAGAUAGACGUCACCAAGAAAUGCUGGACCGCAGGAGAGCGUACGACGAGCAGAUAGCGAGCGCGAACAGAAAGAGACGGCAGGCGCUUCGCGAGGAGAGGGAGAGAGAGCGCCGCCGGCUGGAAAGAAUGAGAGAGAAGAUGGACCAGGAUCAUUAUGAUGCCAUCAAGCGCAAGAAAGACCUUCAGCAGACGAACAAAAAGAACUUCAUAGAGGGUCACGACCUCAAGCUGGCUCGACUUAGGGAGGAUAAGCAGAGGGAGUGGGAGUUGGACAACCACACCAUACAGGUGGCGCUGGAGCAGCUUAGGCAGGAACGGAUCAAGAGAAGAAAUCAAGUGCUCAGCAUGAGACUAGAAAAAGAACUUGGCACAGAAACCUUCUACCGUGAAAGAAGAAUCGCUGAGCAACUAGAAGAAGAAUCAGAGAAAAUCGCUGAGGAAUGGAAACGGGAGGAAGAGAACAAGACCGACGAGUUCUUGAGGCAUGUGGAGAAUGAGAGAAGAAUUAGCAAAGAGAAAGCCAUACAAGAAUACCAGAAGCACCUCCAAAACCUAAAAGAAGACAUAGAAAAGACCAGGUUAGAACGGUCAGAACGCAUGCAGCGCGUGUCAAGAACUGCUCAUGAGGAACUUCAGAGGAAGAUGGAGAGUGCCAAUGAGGAGUUGAGGAAGCAGAUCGAAUUCAGGAACACUUUGAAGAACCAGAUUAGGCAGAAUCAGAAAGAUUUGGAAACCGAUUUAAUAUCAACGGAGCAAAAAGACUGGCCGUUUUCACGAAAGUCUGAAAUGUUUCACGACAUGAUGCAGAGCAGAUACAGACAAUCUUCAGCUAGAAAAAGUACCAAUCCUGUCCACCCAUUCAAGAAGCUCAUAGAAAAAGAGGAUGGAAGAAAACCUACUGUCCAAUUGCCCAUCAUAGGAAUAAAAUACAAUAAAUGA